CGCUCAUCAACUCGACUUGUUCACCGCCAUACAAUACCAGGUGUCAACGACUGUCUUAUACCGGUUAUUGUAUACGCACCUGGGUUAGGAUUAAUUCAAACCCGCUAUAACAAUGUGUUGCUACGUAUGCAUUCUUUGCCCAACAGCCCCUAGCUGAUUCUACGAACGCUAACAGUGAGGCACGUGAGAAGCUGUGGUUCUGUUAGUUGCCUAGAUUUAUAAAGUACAUACCAAGACCAGUCUCUGAGUUAAUUUGACCAUUGGAAAAUGAGGUAAUGCAUACAUACUGCAAUGUAUGUUUGAUUGAUCCAACGUAAUACAGUGUAGUUCAGAAUAGUUAAUUUCGCAUUGCGUGUCACGCAUUCGGAGGUCGUUGGUAGAUUAGUCUAGUCUAUAGACUGGUUAGUUAUAAUCACUCGUUGGCAGACGCUGGUGCACAGUACGUGGACAGUUUACAAGGUACGGAGAUAGUAGCCGAAGCUAUGUUGUAUGCGUAGAUUUCUAAAACGCUGCAGCGUGUUAGACACCGAUAAGUAUUCUAGGAGCAAGUGCAUUUUAGGGUUACUUUUCCUUGUUUGGUUUAAGUAGGGAUUUUACAUAGAAAACACGCCCUCUGACAAGUCUGACAAAUAUUAGACUCCAAACCCACCCCUGUGUAUGCUUACUGCGGGCAUAAGAAGAUCAGUUUUGUCCGUUGGCGUUGUUUACCUAUUGAAAAGGUGUAUAGGUUUAGCUGAAAGACUUAGCAAAACUGUUUUGAUCUUUUAGUUUGGAGUUAACCGCUGCACGUGGUUGAAAGGCUAAACUUAAUUUAUUAUUUUAUCACAUUUCUGAUUCAUCACCACCAACCGGAGCAGUGAACGCGGAACGGCAUUGGUAUAACUGUCACAAAAAAGGAUUUUGCGAUGCAGUCUGGGGAUGCGGGGCAGAGUAAGGGCACAGGCUCGGGGGAUGCAGACUCGGCCUUGGCAGAAGAGACGCUUCCACCCAAACCGCCUGGCCAACAUGCUUUGUCGGUGUUGUGGUCCUAUGGAAAAUGCCUGGCUACUGUUUUGCCAGUUUACUUAGCGGGAUACUUCGGCUUCAGUAUCGUGUUGGUUCUUAUCGUUCUGCUGAUAUACAUGGGUUGGAAACACAGCCGGAACGAGAAAGUAAUGCGGCUGAAGUCGGCUAUGUAUGCAUUGGAGAACGAGAGAGCAUACACUACUGCGAGAGUCUUUAGGAGUAAACGGGAAUUACCCCCCUGGGUCAACUUUCCUGACGUGGAGAAGGUUGAGUGGAUGAACAAGAUUCUGCAGCAGGCAUGGCCGUUCCUGGGUCAGUACCUGGAGAAGUUGCUUGUGGAAACUGUUGCACCUGCCAUACGGGCAUCCAACACUCACCUCCAGACCCUCAGCUUCACCAAGGUCAACCUCGGGGACAAGGCUGUGAAGGUGGUGGGAGUGAAGGCUUACACGGAGAAUGACAAGCGGCAGGUCUUGCUGGAUCUAUACGUUAGCUAUGCGGGUGACGUGGAGAUCAAUGUGGAAAUCAAAAAGUACUUCUGCAAAGCCGGGGUGAAGGGAAUCCAGCUGCAUGGGAAGUUGCGGGUGAUUUUGGAGCCCCUGAUUGGAGACGUGCCCCUGGUGGGAGCCAUCACCAUGUUCUUCAUCCGCAGACCUACUCUGGACAUCAACUGGACGGGCCUGACCAACGUGCUCGACAUCCCUGGACUCAAUGCCUUGUCGGACACUAUGAUAAUGGAUGCAAUUGCCUCGCACCUGGUCCUACCCAACCGCCUCACUAUCCCCCUGGUGGCCAACCUGCACGUUGCGCAGCUCCGCUCCCCUCUUCCGCGGGGCGUGGUGCGUAUCCACCUCCUUGAGGCGGAGAACCUGACAGCCAAGGACACCGUCAUUAAGGGGAUAAUAGAUGGCAAGUCAGAUCCGUACGCUGUGCUGCGAGUGGGGACCCAGACCUUCACCUCCCAAACUGUGGACAGCAACCUCAACCCACAGUGGAGGGAGAUGUUCGAGGUGAUUGUCCACGAAGUGCCUGGUCAGGAGUUGGAGGUGGAGGUAUUUGACAAAGACCAAAACCAAGAUGAUUUCUUGGGCAGGAUCAAGAUGGAUCUAGAUAUUGUGCACAAGGCCAGAGUUUUAGAUGAGUGGUUCACGCUGAAGGAUGCGCCGUCGGGCAGCGUUCACCUCCGCCUGGAGUGGCUCUCUCUGCUGUCCUCUGCUGACCGACUCAGUGAGGUCAUCCAGAGGAACCAGAAUGUCAUCUGUAAGGCCACAGACCCUCCUUCUGCAGCCAUCCUGGCUGUCUACCUGGACCGGGCUCAAGACCUCCCUUUGAAGAAGGGCAAUAAGGACCCCAGCCCCAUGGUGCAGCUCUCUGUUCAGGACACAACCAAGGAGAGCAGGACAUGUAAUCUGACCACCAACCCAGUAUGGGAAGAAGCCUUCACCUUCUAUAUUCAUGACCCCCGCACACAGGACAUCGACAUUCAGGUGAAGGACGAUGACAGGGCUAAUUCUCUGGGCAGUCUGUCCAUCCCUUUGAGUCGUCUGCUGGCCAGCCCUGACCUCACUAUGGACCAGUGGUUCCAGCUGGAUGGCCUUGGCCGGAUCUAUAUCAACGCUGUUCUGAGGGUGCUGUAUUUGAAUGAAGAUGCGUCACCAACCAGCCCAGUGUCACCCCACCCCCCCAGCCCUGGCUCUGGCCACAUAGAGGGGGGUGUCACAUCAGAGGAAUUCCCUGGGGGAGUGAAUGGAGCCCCCAAACCUGUACCCACCCGACCCCUACAGACCACUCCUGACCCGGACUUCGCUAGUGAGGGGGUUCUGCGUAUUCACCUGGUGGAGGCCACUAACCUGAUUGCCAAAGACAACUUCAUGGGGGGAAUGGUGAAAGGGAAAAGCGACCCCUAUGUCAAGAUCCGGGUUGGCGGAAUCACAUUCCGCAGCCACACCAUCAAAGAGAACCUGAACCCCUACUGGAACGAGCUCUACGAGAUCAUCUUAACACAGCUACCGGGUCAGGAGAUCCAGUUUGAGCUGUUUGACAAAGAUCUGGAUCAAGAUGAUUUCUUGGGCAGGUUCAAACUAAACCUGAAAGACAUCAUCAGCCCACAGUUCACUGAUGAGUGGUACACUCUGAAUGAUGUGAAGUCAGGUCGGGUUCACUUAAUCAUGGAGUGGCUCCCCAGGGUUUCAGAGUCCGCUAGACUAGAUCAGGUCCUCCAGUACCAGGCCCGGCAGCAGUACCAGAACAAGGCAGUGCCGUCAUCUGCUCUGCUGUUUGUGUACCUGGAGAGAGCCUACGGCCUGCCGUUGAAGAAGAAUGGAAAGGAGCCAAAGGUUGGGGCAGAGGUAGUGCUGAAAGCCACAUCAUUCAGGACCAAGCUGUGCGAGCGCUCUACCUCUCCUCGUUGGGAUGAAGCUUUCCAGUUCCUGGUUCGUGACCCCAAAGAGGAAAUACUUGUAGUGAAGCUUUCCCACAGCUGGGGCCAGGCCCUGGGCACAUUGGUCCUGCCCCUGAGAGAGGUUUUGUCGGAGCAGGGACUGGUGCUGGACCGGUGGCUCAGUCUGGACGGGGCCCUUCCUGAGAGCCAGGUCCUGCUGAGGGCCACACUCAAGAUCCUGGACACCCAGCUGGCUCAGUGCCGCGGUAGUGUGUCUGGUGAUGGUACUGGGGAGGCCAGCAGGGAUGGCGACCAUGUCAUCCACAGACGCGACACGGAACCAGCCCUACGGCACAGAUCACCGCUGUCUCAGCUCGGUGAUCAGAGUCCCGGACAGGUGAAGCUUCAAAUUGGCUACUCGUUAGAGGAAAACAGGCUGUUCAUCACUGUCCUAUCUUGCAGGGGCCUGCCAGCUUGUGGGUCUGCUAAAGAUGGGACGGACCCCUACGUCUCCUUUAUUCUGCUGCCGGACAAAAACAGAACCACCAAGAGAAAGACCAACACCAAGAAGAGAGACCUCAACCCUGAGUUUAACGAGAGAUUUGACUUUGAUUUUUCUCUGGAGGAGUCCAUGCAGAGAAGACUUGACCUGACUGUCAAAAACAAUGUCUCCUUCAUGAGCAGGGAGAGGGAGGUCAUUGGCAAGUUACUGUUGGACCUGGACCAGAUUGACUUGAAGAGCGGUAGUGCGCAGUGGUAUGAUUUGGUGGAAGAGACCAACUAGAGUGCGGCUUUCGCUUGCCUGCAGUGCAGUGUUACUUUUACUUGUGGCUUCUUCUGUAUGGUUUACUAUUAUAUAUUUUUAUUCAGAUAAUGUGCAGUUAGACAACCACAAAGGAAGCGCUUACGUUGCAUACAUUCCACCAAUGUUUUAUAUGUAAAUGGAAUCAUUAUGAAUGAAAGAAUUGGUCUGUUAUGAAAACUCUAGAAUGAAAGGGUUCCUGAAUUCUAGAAUUCUUGAUUCUACGGUCUGUGAGAAAAUGUUAUUUAGAAUCUUAUGCAACCAAGUUGCUCCUAAAGAAAUAUAUGUUGAAAAGCACUUUAAUUCAAUUUUAAAUCAAAAAUAUUUCAUUCGGAAGUAUUUUAUUUCCGAAAAUGCUUUUAUUUUUUACUUUCAGGUAUUUUGAGUUGUUCUCAUAAAUGUAGUUUUAUCAUUUUUUUUUUACAAUCUGAAAUGUUGUCUGAGGGUACUUCUUUCUUUGUAGUGUUUCUUCUAUUGUUUCCUUGCUGAUGCUGAAAUGCUGCGUUGUAGAUUCAGAGCAUUUUCUUGCCACUGUGGAUGUUUACAACCAUGAUGUGACUCCUUUGCUCUUUGUAGAAAAUGAAUUUAAAAAACUUUAGUUCUUCACUUCUGUUCGAAAUUUUUAUAUGUUUAUACAUUGGCCUUAUGUAUUCCAAUACUGUGCACAAUUUUUUAAACUAGUGAAUGUGAUUUUUAUUACCUUUAUCAUUGAGUUGAUUCUGUUCCAAAUUAAGAAGUUUUGUAUGUUUUAUUCAGAUAUGUAUUUGAAGGUUGAUUUUAUAAUUCAUGUGAAGUAUUAAGAAAGUACCCAGAUUUUAACAUUUUCCACUGAGAAAGAUACACAUUCUAGCUUCAAGACAACUGCUUAGUCCAAGUCACUGUGCUUUUUUGUUGUUGAUAAAGACAACAUUAUAUCAUGAACAUGUAUCAGGAAUGUGUGUUCACGUUCCAAGGCAGAACUGUGCUGAAUAUUUUAAUGUGUGACUGUAUGUAUUUGUACGUGUUUGUAGUGACCUGGGUUCUGCAAUAAGCCAGUCUGUCAGAGUAGUUACUUAGAUGUUUGUCAAUUAAGCCCUGUUAGUAGCCUGUUCAUGUCCGCGCUCUGAUUGUGCCCAAACGUAUAGACAGGUGUAAAUUAUUAAAAGAUGUGUUUUCAUCUGAUUUGUUAAGUGCAAACAGACAAGAUCAAGAAGAAGGAUGCUUGUUAGAAAAGGGGGAUAACAGAGUCUGAAAGAAAGAACAAGACCCUGAAAGGAAGAACAUAAAAGGGCCUGUUUCCUACACCAGUUUAUACCUGCCUCUAAUCUUCUUCCUUCACCUAAAACUGAGCUUGAUUGUUUACACUUAAAAUAUGAUCACUAUCUGAUCACACCUGUCCACACAUACAAGCAUUUUCAGAUUUCAGACAGGAUCUGGAUGAAGAAUGUACGUUACAACCCAGUAUAAAUUAAACUGUAGAUACAGAUUGAGCCUUCUGCUGUAUUAAAAAAAAACCUGUUCAAUGGAGAUUAAAUUGAGUAUUGUUUUGUCCAGGAGAAGCCGUACUUUGUGUCUAGGUCACUGGUGCUGAAAGAAACAAGCAUAGAUUGUGGCAGAGAAAAGGCCCUUUCCCAACUGUCAUCUCACUGCUAAGGCUUGAAAACUGUAUUAAAAUGCAUGAAACAUUUUUGUAGACACAAUGAAGAAGCAGGAAGACGAUGUGUGAGAGAAGAGCGAAAGAGAAAGAGAGAAGUUAGCUGCUAUGCACACUGUCAUGUUUGUUGUUUCAGUAAAUGUUUGCUCCUUCAAAAUCA